CCGGGAGGCCGGUACAGCCUCGCGGACGCGCCCCGGGAGCCGCGGCCGGAGUAGGGGCUGUGAGGCAUCGCUGGCCGUGACUUCAAGAGUGUAACAUUGCCAGCUACCAGUGGCACUCGCCUCUGAUCCUAGCCACUCUGGAGGCUGAGAUAUGAGGAUGGUGGUUUGAAGCCAGCUUGGGCUGGAAAGUCCUUAAGACUUACCUGCAGUUGAUCAUCAGAAAGUUGGAUGUGGAGGUGUGACUCACUCAACUGACUAGUUGCACCUUAGAAAUGGAGGCUGAAGAUGGGAGUGGCAGAGAAUUGACCAUUGAUUCCAUCAUGAGCAAAGUGAGAGAUAUUAAGAAUAAAUUUAAAAAUGAAGGCCUUAGUGAUGAUCUAAGCUUGACUAAAGUCUCUGCUGAUAAUACAGAUAACUCAGGAACUGUUAACCAUAUUAUAAUGAUGGCGAACAACCCCGAGGACUGGUUGAAUUUCUUGCUCAAAUUAGAGAAAAACAGUGCCCCCUUAGAUGACGCUCUUUUAAAUAAAUUGAUUGGUCGUUACAGUCAAGCUAUCGAAGCACUACCUCCUGAUAAAUAUGGAAAAAAUGAGAGUUUUGCUCAAAUUCAAACAAGAUUUGCUGAGUUAAAAGCUAUUCAAGAGCCUGAUGAUGCACGUGACUACUUUCAGAUGGCCAGAGCAAACUGCAAGAAGUUUGCUUUUGUGCACAUAUCUUUUGCACAGUAUGAGCUUUCUCAAGGUAAUUUCAGAAAAAGUAAACAACUGCUGCACAAAGCUGUGGAAAGUGGAGCAGUCCCACUGGAAAUGCUGGAAAUUGCCAUAUGUAACCUAAACCUCAAAAAAAAGCAACUGCUUUCAGAGGAGGAGAAGAAGAGUCUGUCAGGUUCUACCAUGUUAACAGCCCAAGAAUCCUCCUCUGGUUCUCUUGGACAUGUGCCGAAUAGGGACAUUGGCAGUGACUCCAGAGGACUGGCCACUAAAGCCUGGUUAUUUAAUGGAGAGAACAUACCCUCACAAGAGGCAGAAAUAGGUCCUCGAAAUCCUUUGAAGCAAACUAACAAAACUAAAGUGUCUUGCCCAUUUGGAAGAGUUCCAAUUAACCUUCUAAACAGCCCAGAUUAUCAAGAGAAGAUGGAUAGCUCAGUUGUGCCAGCUUUUACAAAAAGACAGAAUUCUGGAUCAGAAUGCCGAGAUUUGAUUGUGUCUGGAUCUAAGCCUAGUGGAAAUGAUUCCUAUGAAUCAAGAGUUUUGAAGUCUGUUCAAAAUAUCCAUCCCAAGGAGCCUGUGGUAUCAGAUGAAAAGAAUUCUGAAUUUCUUACUGAUUCGAUAACCCUGAAGAAUAAAACUGAGCCAACUCUUCUAACUAAAUUAGAAGAAGGUAAAGAGUAUCAAGAUCCAAAGAUUCUAGGAAGUACAAAGAAACAAUGGCAGUCAACGAAAAAGUCAGAAUGUGUGAACCAGAACCCUGUAUUUUCAAAUCAGCGGCAUAUUCCUGAAGCAACUCCAAAGCUUGAUACAGAGCAGAAACGUGCCACGAUUGAACAACCUGUCUUGCCCAUUUCAAAGCACUCACCAUCAGUAUCCGCACCUAAAUGGAUUGAUCCAAAGUCUAUCUGUAAAACACCAAGUAGAGAUACCUUGGAUGAUUACAUGAGCUGUUUUAGAACUCCAGUUGUAAAGAAUGACUUGCCACCGGCCUAUCCGUCAUCGAUUCCUUAUGGCCAGCGCACUUGUUUCCAACAGCAAGUUCCUGCUACUCCUCUACAAAACUUACAGUUUUCAGGAUCCUCAACAAAUGAAUGCAUUUCGGUUAAAGGAAAAGUGUAUGCCAUAUUAAAACAGAUAGGCAGUGGAGGUUCUAGUAAGGUAUUUCAGGUAUUGAAUGAGAAGAAACAGAUAUAUGCUAUAAAAUAUGUGAGCUUAGAAGAUGCAGAAAACCAAACUAUUCACAGUUACCGGAAUGAAAUAGCUUAUUUGAAUAAGCUGCAGCAGCACAGUGAUAAGAUCAUCCGACUUUUCGAUUAUGAAAUUACUGACCAGUAUAUUUACAUGGUAAUGGAAUGUGGAAAUAUCGACCUGAACAGUUGGCUGAAAAAGAAAAAAUCCAUUAAUCCAUGGGAACGCAAGAGUUACUGGAAAAAUAUGUUGGAAGCAGUACACACAAUCCAUCAGCAUGGCAUUGUUCAUAGUGAUCUGAAGCCAGCUAACUUUCUGAUAGUUGAUGGAAUGCUAAAGCUAAUUGAUUUUGGGAUUGCAAACCAAAUGCAACCAGAUGCAACAAGCAUUGUUAAGGAUUCUCAGGUUGGGACCAUUAACUACAUGCCGCCAGAAGCAAUCAAGAACAUGUCUUCCUCAAGAGAGGGGAAAUCCACGUCAAAGAUCAGCCCUAAAAGUGAUGUUUGGUCCUUAGGAUGCAUUUUGUACUAUAUGACUUAUGGGAAAACUCCAUUUCAGGAUAUAGUUAAUCAGAUUGUAAAAUUACAAGCCAUAAUCGACCCUAAUCAUGAGAUCGAAUUUCCUAAUAUUCCAGAGAAAGACCUUCAGGAUGUAUUAAAGUGUUGCUUGAUAAGAGACCCUAAACAGAGGAUAUCGAUUGCUGAGCUCCUGGCACAUCCUUACGUCCAGAUUCAAACCCACACAGGAAACCAAGUAACGAAGGGCAGCACUGAUGAGAUGAAGCAAUUUCUGGGUCAGCUUGUUGGGCUCAAUUCUCCUAACUCCAUCCUGAAAGCUGCUAAAACUUUAUAUGAGCGCUAUAAUAGUGCUGAAAGUCAUGAUUCUUCGUCAUCUAAAACUUUUGAAAAAAAGUGGGAAAAAUAAUGAUGAGCAGCUACUCAGAACCUGUCAGAUAACACUAUAAAGUAUGUGGGGUGCAUACACUGUACUCUGGAACCUGGGAACUAUGAACUGUAAAAAGUAUUCUGUAGAUUAUCCUCAAGAGGAAACUGUAAAAUAGCAGCCAUUAAUGGCACUGUAUAUAUUAAAUUAAAGAAUUGUUUAUUUCCCUCUUUUCUGCUUUCCUGUAAAUCGAAUCUAUUUGCCAGCAUUUCACACUGAUGUGUGCACAACUGCAAUACAUUCAGAAGGACUCUGUAAAUAAAGCUUUGUGGCCUAAAGUGACCAUAACAUUUCAAAGUAGUAAAAUUAUUUUCUCAAAGCAAAUAUAUUGUUAACACGCUAGCCUAAUUUUUAAUAAAAGUUGCACGAAGAGAAAGCUGGACUAGGCCUUACUACAUAAACUUUUUAAUUUACUUCAUUGUUAUUGUAACGGUGAUUACGUAAUGAGUGCAUUCCUUUUGUGUAGUGUCUUCCCUUCUCUCUCACAUACUCCCAAUCCCUCCCUCCCUCCUAUCUCCACCCACAAGGGUCCAGUGAGAUCUACUGCUGUACUUUUCCACCUUUUUUCCUCAAGUUCUCUACCCUCUCGGAGAUAGACACAUGAAUACACCAUAUAUAAGGAAUACAGAAUCAUCA